AUGAUUAUCAACAUCCUCGCUCCAGAGUGGGCAUUCAGAAUGGCCUGCAGUGAUAUGUGCUCUGUCAGGAUACUCAAGGCUCGCUUUGCACAGUAUCAGGAGAAAGACAGCGUCCCAUGGUCUGCUUCCCAUAUACACUACGCCGACAUGGGUGGAUUUCCCAUUCAAUUCGCAGAUUCCGACCUUGCAACUGAUACUCAAGAGAUACCCUCUAUAAAAGAUCUGCCAAAAGGAAUACGGACCCCACAGUUACUUCAGAAGCCAACGCAGAGGAUCUCGAAUGCGAUUGGCAAAAUCGACUGGGCAUUGGAUAGAUCCAACAUCCUUGCCAUUGCAGAAGCAAAUAACAUGGUUUCUCAGGGCUACUGA